AUGGAUGUGUCUUUGCCAUCGGUGUGCAUCUCUGAUUCAGCCAUCAUGGGACGAGAAUCGAUUGAUGAUCAGAGCAGGGAGGCAGAUUUAGAUUCAUUAUCCCAGAACUUGCAUCAACGCCCAGCGUAUCAUCAAUUGCUGCAUAAAAGUGUUGCGCAUGCACACUCCUUGGAUGCUGAGUGCUCUGGAAAUAAGAUUUUGAUACUGAAUUGUUACUUUUGGUGGGUCCUACAGAUUCCACUUUACCCUGCUUCUCUUUUCCAGAGUGAAAAUGAUGGGGAAGGAAUGAGUAUCGUUUUAUACUUUAAGCUUUCGGAAAGUUAUUCUAAGGAGCUUCCAUACCGUUUACAAGAAAAUAUCAGCAGGUUAGUGGAUGAUGAAGUAGAAAAAGUCAAAGGUUUCCCAGUAGAUUCAACUGUACCCUUCCGGGAAAGGUUGAAGAUAUUGGGUCGUGUAGUGAAUGUGGAUGACCUUCAUUUAAGUGGAGCGGAGAGGAAGCUUAUGCAUGCUUACAAUGAAAAACCUGUUCUUUCACGUCCGCAACAUGAAUUCUUCUUGGGAGAAAACUAUCUCGAGAUUGAUUUGGAUAUGCAUAGAUUCAGUUACAUCUCUAGGAAAGGGUUUGAAGCAUUUCUUGGUAGAUUGAAGAUCUGCAUCUUGGAUUUUGGCCUCACAAUUCAGAGGAACAAAGCUGAAGAGUUGCCGGAGCAGAUCUUAUGUUGUAUACGGUUAAAUGGGAUUGAUUACAUGAACUAUCAGCAACUGAGUCAAGAGUCCCUUGAAUAAAGUCAUAACAAAUUUUUUGAAGAGGAUAUGCCAAGACUUGAGACGCUAUCAGGUGAGAGAGUGUUGUGAAAGCUAUCUUUUGAUGAAUCCCUCUCAAGCUUGUUGAGACUUCCCCACUACCUCUUAUAUAUAAACUCUUCAGCUCAGCUUUCUAGUCUUCAAAGUGGUGAAAGUAUCAUAUAUACCCACAUGUUUGUGAGAGAAAGGGUACACUCGAUGGUGUACCCGUUACACAAAAUUCCAAAUAACUAUGUGCAACCUGUAAAAUUUUGCACCUAUUAAUAAAAUGUCUCUCCAGACUUUGGACUCAAACUGUUCCAUACUUGUAUCAAACAUUCAAAUGCUGAGUGAAUUUCCAUC